AUCUGGCAACCCUGCUUGCUUGCUUGCUUGCUUGCUUCUAGGACUCUUUCACGGUUACUCUUCACGGGGGAGACGAGGGCGGCUUUGACUGCACCCACUCUCUCACCUAUAAAUAACUCCUCCCCUCCUUGGUGAUCCACCCUGCAAGGAAGAUCCAUAGACACCAACAACCUCCUUCCUCUCUCUCUCUCUCUCUCUCUUUCUCUGACUUUACUUCUUGUUCUUGUUCUUCCUGGCUGUGGGUAUGGAGGCUACCGACGAAGCCAUGGAAGUUGGUCACGGGGACCUCAGCCACAUAGUGAAGGGGAAGCGGACCAAGAGGCACCGGCAGUCGCCUGCGCCUGCCAUGGCGAGCUCAACCAGUGAUGAGCGGGUGAUGGCAUCUCCGGCGGCGACGACAUCGACCGCGGAGUUCAGCUACAGCGCCGAGGAAGACGAGGACAUGGCGAAUUGCCUCAUUCUCCUGGCUCAGAGCGGCGGGGAUGGGCCGAAGCCGAAUUCGCCGGGGGGGGCGGUGGAGACGGGGACGGAUGCUCGAGCGACGAACUUUGUGAGCAAGCGGGGGCCGGAUUUGUAUGAGUGCAAGACGUGCAGCAAGUGCUUCCCUUCGUUCCAGGCGCUGGGGGGGCACCGGGCUAGCCACAAGAAGCCCAAGGCCGGAGAAGAGAAAGAGAAGGCGGUAGCCGCCGCUCCGUCGGAAGAGGAGGGGUUCAGGUUGUUCAAGGUGGCAAGCAUGGCGGUGGUGAUGCAGCAGCAGCAGCAAGGAGGGGGCAAGGCGGGAGGGAAACCGAAGGUGCACGAGUGCUCCAUCUGCGGAUCGGAAUUCACAUCUGGGCAGGCUCUCGGCGGGCACAUGAGGCGCCACCGCAUCGUUUCAGAUUCGCCCGACUCCAAGAAACCAAAGAAUGCAUUCACUCUCGAUCUCAACCUGCCGGCCCCCGACGACUCUGAGCCGGCUUCCGAGUUCUCAGACUUCAAACCCGGCUCCGACUUCACAAGGCCGAAGCCAACGCUCAUGUUUCCUACCUUGGUGGAUUGUCAUAAUUGAAAGAAUUACAGAAAGGGAGAAGCAGCAGCAAAGAAACAAGAAAGAAUUAGCAAGGAAGACACCCACAUCUUUCCUCGACCUCUCUCUCUCUCUCUCUCUUGGUUCUUUUCCAUUUGAUUGGCCUGAAUCUGUCAGGCCUGAAACCAACCGAUGGGCGGGGAAAACCUGGGCAUUACCACUGUGAAUAAACUGUUAAAAAGAUUCAUUGAAUUCUUUUCAUUUUUUCCCUUCUAAAGAUCAUUUUAUCUCUCCAUUCAUAGUAUUGUUACCGCUACAAUCUUCUUCAUUGCUGAUUCACUGUAAAUGGGUAUUCUUCUUUUUCUUUU